AUGUUGGCCUUUGUGGAAAGAGGGUUCAGCGUCCGCAGGACUUUCGACGGCCGUUAUCGCCGGCGCGGCGUUCCUCUCGAAUGCGGUUGCGGGUGCGGGGCGGCUCGAUCCGGCUGGCGGAGCGCGAGCGGCGCAGCUCGGCGGCCGGGGCGGAUGCGGCCACCUCCGCCGGCUGACGUCAUCGGCGCCCGAGGCCGCGCCGCGCCGACGCGGUCCCCCCUCGGCCCCCAGCGCGGCGCCGCUGUGACUCAGGCCACCGCGCCGCUGCCGCUGCUGCACUGCGGCGGUGGGCGUGGCUGGGGCGCUGCCCUGGCGAAGACGGGUCGCCCAUGUCUACAUGACGAUUCUGGAGGCCGACCUUUCACACUUUCUUUACGACUUCCUUACUCACCAGAGGCUGACAGACGCAGCGGCGGCAGUGGCGACGACCAGACUCCGGAGCUUGCGGACGACUGCGGCACUAUAUCUCUGCUUCGACCGGGCGCCGGCUCCGCCCUGCCCCUCCCCCUCGCGCCACGCCUCGCCGCCGCUGCCUCUGCUCGGCCGCCCCCGCGAGCCGCGGCGGCAGAGUUGCCAACGGUGCGCGCCGGCCAACCUUUAGAUGGACUCCGCGGUGGCUUGUGCCCUAUUUCAGCUGGAACAUUGAGUGGCGCUGAAUCAGCUGCCAUAUAG